UAAGAUCGGAACUUCUGUUAAAUGAUAACACUAGCUUUUCCGGUCAGAUCUGAAGCCUUGUAGUAGCGAUACUGUACACAGGGGCUUCCCUAUGCCUCAGUUUCUUCACCUGUAAAGUUUUAUUUCCUGGCCCUAUUGUGAAGCGCAUAAUGAAAUAACAUGUAUAAGGCACUAACAAUGGACACUCAACAGGACGUUCAACCCCCAAAGCAGCAGCCAAUGAUAUAUAUCUGUGGAGAAUGUCACACAGAAAAUGAAAUUAAAUCCAGGGAUCCAAUCAGAUGUAGAGAAUGUGGAUACAGAAUAAUGUACAAGAAAAGAACUAAAAGAUUGGUGGUUUUUGAUGCUCGGUAAAACAUGGGAAUUCAGAAAAGUGUCUUUGUUGUUACCUGGAUUUGCACCUUCAGGAGUCUCA